AUGAACCAGAGGUCCCCUGCACUGGGGCUGAGCCCACCUGCACCCACCCGCCCACUGUUCCGGCGACACAACAGCCAGGACCCAAGCCCCCAAGGCCCGGCCAGCACCCCAGACCGGGGGGCGGAGCACCUACAGACCCCCAAGCCUCCACGCCCGUCCCGGAUCCUCCCAGGCUACCAGGCCAAGGAGGAGCUUGCCAGCGUGCGGUCAGCCUUUGUUUGUAGGGUGUCACCAGAAAUCCUCACACAGCUCCUUGAAGAUCUUGAUUGUCAGCCUAAAUUCAAGUCUAACCUGAAUAGGAAGUUCCAGUGUGUGUUUGAGGGGAUUGCUAAAGCAGGAAACCCAACCCUUCUGAAUAAGAUCUACACAGAGCUCUACAUCAUAGAGGGAGGGACUGCAGAGAUCAAUGAUGAACAUGAGGUCAGACAAAUUGAAACAGUAUCCAGGAAACCAGACAGGCCAGAAACAACAAUAAGAAAAGAAGACAUCUUUAAUGACUCACCUGGAAGAGAUAAACCAAUCAGAACCGUGCUGACAAAGGGAGUGGCUGGCAUUGGGAAAACACUCUUAACACAAAAGUUCACUCUUGACUGGGCUGAAGACAAAGCCAACCAGGACAUCCAGUUCAUAUUUCCAUUUACUUUCAGAGAGCUGAAUGUGCUGAAGGAGGAAAAGUUCAGCUUGGUGGAACUUGUUCAUCACUUCUUUACUGAAACCAAAGAAGCAGGAAUCUGCAGCUUUGAAGACUUCCAGGUUGUGUUCAUCUUUGAUGGUCUGGAUGAGUGUCGACUUCCUCUGGACUUCCACAAAACUACAAUCCUAACUGACCCUUGCAAGUCCACUUCAGUGGAAGUACUGCUGAUAAACCUCAUCAGGGGGAAACUGCUUCCCUCUGCUCGCAUCUGGAUAACCACACGUCCUGCAGCAGCCAGUCAGAUUCCUCCACACUGUGUUGGCAUGGCGACAGAGAUCAGAGGAUUUACUGACCCACAGAAGGAGGAGUACUUCAGGAAGAGAUUCAAAGAUGAGGAACAGGCCAACAGAAUCAUCUCCCACAUCAAGACAUCACGAAGCCUCCACAUCAUGUGCCACAUCCCAGUCUUCUGCUGGAUCACUGCUACAGUUCUGGAGGAUGUGCUGAAAACCAGAAGGGGAGGACAGAUGCCCAAGACCCUGACUGAGAUGUACAUCCACUUCCUGGUGGUUCAAGCCAAAGUGAAGAAGGUCAAGUAUGAUGAAGGAGCUGAGACAGAUCCACACUGGAGUCCAGAGAGCAGGAAAAUGAUUGAUUCUCUGGGAAAACUGGCUUUUGAUCAGCUGCAGAAAGGAAACUUGAUCUUCUAUGAAUCAGACCUGACAGAGUGUGGCAUCGAUAUCAGAGCAGCCUCAGUGUACUCAGGAGUAUUCACACAGAUCUUUAAAGAAGAGAGAGGACUGUACCAGGACAAGGUGUUCUGCUUCAUCCAUCUGAGUGUUCAGGAGUUUCUGGCUGCUCUUCAUGUCCAUCUGACCUUCAUCAACUCUGGAGUCAAUCUGCUGGAAGAACAACCUACAUCGUCCUGGUGGUCAAAUUUUUUUAAUGCACCAAAACUACAGCAUGUCCACCAGAGUGCUGUGGACAAGGCCUUACAGAGUCCAAAUGGACACCUGGACUUGUUCCUCCGCUUCCUCCUGGGUCUUUCACUGCAGACCAAUCAGACUCUCCUAAGAGGUCUUCUAACACAGACAGGAAAUAGCUCACAGACCAAUCAGGAAACAUUCCAGUACAUAAAAGAGAAUCUCAGUGAGAAUUUGUCUGCAGAGAAAAGCAUCAAUCUGUUCCACUGUCUGAAUGAACUGAACGAUUUUUCUCUAGUGGAGGAGAUCCAACAGUACCUGACUUCAGGAAGUCUCUCCACUGGUAAACUGUCUCCUGCUCAGUGGUCAGCUCUGGUCUUCAUCUUACUGUCAUCAGAAAAAGAUCUGGAUGUGUUUGACCUGAAGAAAUACUCUGCUUCAGAGGAGGCGCUUCUGAGGCUGCUGCCAGUGAUCAAAGCCUCCAACAAAGCUCUACUGAGUCACUGUAACCUCUCAGAGAGAAGCUAUGAUGCUCUGUCUUCAGUUCUCAACUCCCAGUCAUCUUGUCUGAAAGAGCUGGACCUGAGUAACAAUGACAUACAGGAUUCAGGAGUGAAGCUUUUGUCUGUUGCACUGCAGAAUCCACAUUGUACACUAGAAACUCUCAGUCUGUCAGGCUGUCUGAUCACAGAGGAAGGCUGUACUUACCUGGCUUCAGCUCUGAGCUCAAACCCCUCCCAUCUGAGAGAGCUGGACCUCAGCUACAAUCAUCCAGGAGACUCAGGACUGAAGCUGCUGUUGGCUGGACUGAAGGAUCCAUGCUGGAGACUGGACACUCUGAUGGUGGAGCCUGCUGGAGUCCAAUGGUUGACACCAGGUCUGAAGAAGUAUUCCUGUCAACUCACAAUCGACACAAACACAGUACACACAAACCUCAAACUGUCUGAUAACAACAGUAAGGUGACACAUGUGGAGGAAGUUCAAUCAUAUCCUGAUCAUCCAGACAGAUUUGAUGGUUAUCCUCAGCUGCUGUGUAGAAAUGGCCUGACUGGUCGCUGUUACUGGGAGGUCGAGUGGAGCAAAAAUAUUUCUAUAUCAGUGAGCUACAGAAGAAUCGGAAGGAAAGGAUACAGUGAUGAGUGUAGGUUUGGAUUUAAUGAUCAGUCCUGGAGUCUGCUCUGCUUUGAUGAUGGUCCUAACUAUUCUCCUCUGACACUCCGAUCCACCUCUUAA